AUGGCUCCAUCUUCAAACUGGCGCCAGUACCAAUCCAGCAAUAGCACCACUUCGGGUCGCAGCGAGCGCUCGUGCGACACUGCGCCAACAGAGUAUAGCGACCGCAGACCAUCGUUGGCCCAGAGCGAAACAUGUCACGCCCGCAUGCAGAUGCGAAAUCGAGAAAGGGAUUAUUUUGCGCCCCACGAUGACUCCGACCGCUAUCGGCAGCUGCCGCCCCGCAUAUCGGUCGACACGUAUGCCUCGACGUCCGAGGAGGACGUCGCUGAUGAUGUCGACGAUGUGCCCGACUACCAUGUCCCAAUAUACCACCACGAGCCGCUGCCAUGCGAUGCCAUUCCGACCACACCCCGCGACUUCGCCGAGCUCUUCCCCACGUCAAAACGCAUAUCAAUACGACACGACGACUCGACCAUUGAUGGGAACAUGAAUCUCAGAGUAGACACGCAGGUGGAAGAAAGAGGGCAUCGAAAACAGAGCUACACGCUCUUCCACCUCCGCAUGCAGGAUCUGCGCACCCGCCAGUUCUCUCUGCGUCGGUACUGCAGAGAGUCCGGGCGCGAGGUUUGCCACUCAAUGCGCAAGUACCAGAAGCCGGCCACGGAAAUGCGGCCAGUCCUGCAGCGCGCAAGCACAGCCCUCGCUAGUCUGGUUAAGCCCGACUCCCGCCCUUCUACAUCGGCGGGUCUAAAGCGGGCGGACUCUGGCUACGACUCCUUCCAUGGCAGUGCAAUCGACGAUAGCGAAGAGCCAUUGGAAGCACGUCCCAAGGCCGUGGGCUACUCAAAGGGCCGUGCGCUGAUACCAACAAAUACCAUCAAGCUUGAGUUCUCAAACUACGCACAUCUCGAUGUAAAGCGCCGUGGCGCCAAGUCGUACAAGAAGUAUGCCUUUGAAUACUGGGGUAACGACUAUUCCUGGAAGCGUAUCAUUAAGAAGGAGGGCCGCGACCAACAGGAGUCCGUAUCCUACUACCUCGUCCGCGACGACGACGAUAAGGAGCCUCUGGCCCACAUCUGUCCCGUAAAACUGACGCCGAACGAAGCGCGCGAGGAGGCUGCGCGGGGUGGCUGGGUGCCACCGUGCUAUAUGCGCAUCACUGACGAGAAGAUCUUGACUUCCGACUCCGACAUCUCCGAUGUUGUUGUGGCGACAGGCCUCAUAGCCCUCGCAGAUGACUGCAUCAAGCGACACUUCCACUCCAAGCAGAGUACGCAGAUCCACAUCCCUCUUCUGCGAAAUUCGUCUUUCAAGAUGGCCAAUCUGGAAUACAUUGGCCCAAGACGACUCAUCGAUGAAAUGUUCAAUCGAAAACAUCAAGAUGGCCUCGUGUCGAAGAGGCGUCCUUCACCCGCCGUGCGACGUGUCUCGACAUCGGUCUAG